AUGGCUGAUCACGCGGUGGCCGAAGAAGCCAACGCUGCCAAGCGCCUGUUGGAGAUCGGAGGACAAGGUCGGAGAGAUGUGAGACGACAGCCCGAUCCCAGAAGGAAGGAUCAGGAUGGGAAUCAAAUCUAUACUCCCUUAUCGAGGCCAAUCGGGGAGAUCUUGGAGUACGCUCAGUCCUGCAAUAUGAUUCAACUUCCGGCCCCGGCGAGAGAUGGCCCUAACAAGGACAAAUACUGCGCCUAUCACAGGAACCGGGGGCACGAGACUGACGAAUGCCAUGUCCUCAAAGGGCUUAUCGAAGACCUCUUGCGCUCGGGAAAAUUGGCGCAAUUCGCUGCCGAGAAGAAGAAGAAUCGACGCCGGGGGUGGAAGAAAUACUUCAAGAGAUCUGACAAAGAGAAGAAGGAUAAGGAACCAGAACCCGACCAUGACUCUCCUGCCGCUGCGUUGAAACAGAUCAUUCACGUUAUCUUCGGCGGGCCGGAGGGGGGCGACAACUCGGAGCGCCGACGAGCUUGGUCGAGGGACUUGCCUGUAUGUUCGAUCAGCACUAGUCAACCUGAGAAGAGAAUGAAAGACGAGCCGAUAACCUUCACCGACCGAGACCUUCCCCUUAGAGGAGAUCAUUCUACCGAAGCAUUAGUCAUCACUGUUGACAUUUGUGGAGCCGAGGUCCGAAGGGUGAUGGUAGACACUGGUAGCAGCGUUAAUGUGCUGUACUUAGAGGCCUUUCAAAAGCUGAAAAUUGAGAGAUCAGCACUAACGCCGGUCCGAACACCGCUGUCGGGUUUUACGGGCGAUAUGGUCCACCCUGAGGGAAGGGUCGUUCUCUCGGUGGAGGUCGGAGUUUAUCCGAAAAUUUUGAAAGUAGAGAUGGAGUUUAUCGUUGUCAAUCUGGCAUGUGUGCACAACAUCAUCUUGGGACGCCCGGGGAUAGCUCAGAUGAAGGCAAUCAUCUCCAUGCCUCAUCUGUGUAUGAAGUUCCCGACCCUAGAAGGUGUUGGGACAGUCCGGGGAGAUCCACGGUCGGCCAGAUUGUGCUACGUCCGGGCAAUGGAGAAGCAAGCCGCGAGCACGUCUCGUGUGAACACCAUUGCCCGACGAAAGGAUGAGGAAAAGAAGGAGCAGCCUGGGCUCUCCGAGCCCGUAGAAUAA